CCUGCCGCCGCCAUGGCGCGGGCGCUGUCCAGUCAGUCGCUGGUGGUGGUGGUGGCUACUUCCCUUCAGGAAGCCCGGUCUCCGCCUCCUCCUCCCACCCCGUCUGCUCCGCGGCGGAGGCGGCGGUGGCGGCAGCGGUUGUCCCUGCCUCUCCGCCACCUCCACCUCAGCCUAUCCCCCGACCGGUGGCGUUGGCGGGGAGGGGGGCCGUAGUUGUAGACGGCCGCCCCUGCCUCAGAGAAGAUACGACGUCAAAUGAACAAAGAUUGAACUUUUUACAGAUACCUUUUGGAAAAGGCUUGUAAGGAGUAGUGCCAUAGUUUGAAUCACAGUGGAUUCCACGUUAUGAGGUGAAUGGGAGAGGAGUAUUGAACAAAAAUAGAUUUUUUAAUCUCUGCAUCAUGGUUUUUAGCUCCUCAGUGGUUGCACAGUCUCUCUAUUUGGGGAAAGUUCAUGCUAAAAAACUGAAGCAAUUAAUGGGUGAAUAUGAUCAAAUUUCUCCACCAAGUUCUCAACCUGACAAGGAGAAUCCCUUAUUGUCAACCUAAUGAAGCACUCAAAGAAGACAUAUGACUCUUUUCAAGAUGAACUUGAAGAUUAUAUUAAAGUGCAGAAAGCCAGAGGCUUAGAGCCAAAGACUUGUUUCAGAAAGAUGAGAGAGGAUUAUUUGGAAACCUGUGGGUACAAAGAAAAGGUUGAUUCUAGACCCAGGUGCAGAAUGUUUGAUCAGAGGCUCCCUUAUGAAAGCAUCCAGACCUACCCGAGAUCAUGUAGGGUUUCACAGACAGUGGAAAAGCAGUUACCUCACUGGCUGCCAGCUCGUGACAAUAGGCUGAGACUAGGCUCCCUGAGCUACCCUCAGUUCCCCAGGGACUGCUUCUUGGGAGAACCAGUACCCCUGAACCUUAGUCAGCACGAGUAUAACCAUAGCUCCUACAGUGUGGAAUCUGGAGUCCACAAGCCCCUCUCCUCAGAGAGCAGUACCCGUGCCCAUCACGCUAGUGCCCAUCACAUCCAUCAGAAGAGGAAGAGGCACCUCGAGGAAGGCAGAGAAAAACCAGAGGAGGAGCGGCCCAGGCAUAAGAGGAAAAAAGCUCAUGAGGAAGUAGAUUUAGACAAACACAAGUGCAUCCAGAGAAACAGAACAGAGGUGGAAACAGUCGGAGUCAGCACAGAAAAGCCUACCAACCGAAAGGAGAAAAAAAGCCGAGAUGCAGCCUCUAAGAAAGAGGAACGUAAGCGUAGAAAAGAGAAAAAGAAACAAGGCGAAGAAAGGACAGACGAGGAGAUGCUUUGGGACCAGUCUAUCCUUGGGUUUUGAAGCUCUUGGGUUGGUUCUCCCGAGGUUAGGUUGAAAGAUUAGUUGAGGAGCCUGGUUUUAUGAUGUUCGUGCUCAUAUCGCUCUUCCCACGUGAACAGGUGCAAAGGUUAAGUGGACAGAAAACAUUUAGUGCGUUUGCUCUCCAACAUGGAAAUUGCUUUUCCUCAUUUUCUAAAAUCAUUACUGUAUUUUUCUCAUACACAGUGUAAUUUCCCUUAACAAGAGUAGCUCUGCCUUUACUCAUCAAGUUGCUAUGAUGGCGGAAGUAUUUUUCCCUUGGGAGGUCAUUUAUUUUAAAUUGGAGGAUCAAAAGGCUUUGCAGAAUCUACUUCUUGAUUGGGUUUUAGUUUGGAGUGGCGUAUUUUUAUAUUCAUUAGUUUUCUCUAUGAACCAAUUUAGAUUGAUUUUUCUUUCCCUUAUUAGAUCUCAUUUACAGUAUAUUUUCUAAAAUGAAAAGUGGAAAUGAAAUACCUUAUAAUAAGCUUAUGUUAUAUACAGUUUUAAAUGUUUCAAAGAGUCUUGAUAUAAAAUCAGUUUAUAUUCUGGAAAUGUUUAUAAUAUAAUAAAAUGUUCUAAUUUCUACA